UCUGGGAGCGGGCGGGCGAGUGGCGACAUUUCACAAGGAGUAAAGGGAUGGGGUGUAGCGCCCCGGCCGGCGUACGGCGUCGUAGGUCGUGACGCGACCGAGUGACGUCACUAGGGUGUGGGGUUGCGCUACAGGGCGGUCUCUCCCCAGUGAAAGUCGGCGUCAGUACGUUUUGAACCGGCGACGGCGCCACUCGCUUCAGUUCAACGCUAAUGCGCGUAUAAGCUUAAAAUCGCGUAAUUUAACUAAACACAAUUCAAAUCCAUAUAAAAUAUUCAAGCAGUGGAACUGUGUAUUCUAAUUUCAGCAGCGAUGCACGAAAGCGGCUAAAAAUAAACCGGGGUUCGCGCGCUCCCGUCGCCCGCCGCCGGCUCUCAUUUUCAUACUAGUUACACUAUUUCUGUCUGUAAAGCAAUAAGAUAUCCUACAUGCGAAUGAAAUCAAGUGGACAACUCUCGUGUGGACAAUGAGAAAAGUGCGUAAAAAGAAACCGAUUGCCGCGAGGUGAUUGUGAGACUCGUGUUGUUUUAGUAUAAGCUAACUUUACUGUGCUACGAAAUUACGACGCAACUUUUUAAGAAUGGCGCUUGUUAUGUUACCGUGUGACCUGCCAUGGUGGACUUCAGUACAGCGCCAUUUAAAACAUCUUCUCUUGGCAUCAGCUCCUGUCAAACUCACAGCAAGCAUGAUGAAAAUUCAUGACAUGUGCAAUAUAGGUAUAGAUCCAGAUGACGAUAUCAAAGAUCCAGAUCUGAUGAAAGGCUUAGAGCAAUUCCUCGAAGAAGAGCUAUCGGAAGAAGAACAGAGAAAUUUCCUUGACAACACUAUUAGAAUCAUGGUUAACAGAGCAUUGCACCUUAAACGAUGGCGCCCACCUAAAGGACUUAUGUUUAGCUUACAACAACAAAGUGAUGUUACGGAACUGGAUUACAAUUUUCUAUCGUCACUUAUUUCUCAUGCAUUUUUCUCGACUUUCCCAAAAAGAACGCUCAAAACGCAUCCGACUUUACAAGACUUCAAUUUUACACAUUUUUUUAAAAAUUUACACAGAAAAUCACAAAGAAACAAACUAAAAAGUUUACUACAUUAUUUUGAAUGGUUGGAUAAGAAUAGCAACGAAGGCACCGUUAAAUUAAGUAGGCAGGUAAUGACAGCAAAGCAAUGGUUAACUAUAGAAGAUUGGUUAGAGUGUACGUUGCCGUUGUGCAAGUUGUUGGUGAGGCACGAGGGGCGGCCGGAGCGAUGCGAAAACGAUGACGCCAUUAGAAUAUGUUUCGCUAGCAGUAGACUUGGCGGCGAUGUCCUUAUUGAUGGAGAUUCACAGGAGUCGCUGACAAUGUUUAUGAUGCCGGAGCUGCUGCCCGUUAUGCUCUCCGUGGAGUCGCUGGAGGACAACGAGGUGCUGAAGGCGGAGGGCGUCAGAUUGUUCAGCCGGAUUAGCGACAAGCGGCAGAAACCUAACAUCGAACUACUUUCCGAACCUAAAACAGUAACGGUGUGUCUAAUGGAUGCCGAAGAUUACAGCGCUCUACCCCUCGGUCAAUGGGAAGAAGAUAACGUGCUACGGGAACUGAACAAGAGCCUACUCGCGUUCCAGCAGGCGCCGAUGAAGAGUCGUGAAAGUCAGCAACGACAAGAGAGGAGAUUGUCACCUAUAGGGGAAUCAUUUAGCCACACUCCUCCUGAAGUGGAGGCGACGGUGAUGAUAAAGCAGUCUUCGUGCAGCACAAUCAACAGCUACAACAGCAGGAGUCCCUCACCUCAGACAUACUGCGCAGCCACGCUUAAUUUGAAUGAUCCCAGCGUAGAAUUAACAAAACGAAAAUGCUGGUUAUCUCCUGAUGGAGGUGUUUUGAACAACAGAAGGGGAAGGUUCAUCGUACUAGGCUCCUCGGGAGAAUGUCUGCCGGUGACUAGGAGUCCAGGUCUCAUCAACUUGGAUACUCAAGAAGACAGUCUCUAUUCUAGUUGUAACUCCAGCGACGACGAAUUUCACAGUGCAAAUGACAGCUUUGAUUAUGAGGUGAUUCUCCAGAAAAGCUUGCCCAUUCCAGGAGGUAGCGAGGAUGAAGGCAGAGGAGAAAGCGCACGUCCGAAUUCAUUGAGGUUCUACAAGGAACUGUCGACUGAGGAGAGGCGGCAGAGCUUCGCGGAGAGGUUGCGGGAGGCGCUUCGAAGAGAGGCGGAGAACUCCUGCACCACCAGCACCACCGGCGACUGGUCCACUGACAGCUCUAGCUACGCGCCAGGAGUCAGCAUACCCUGCGAUGAGGCUAAUGGGAAUGAAGUUAGGGUAAAACGCGGCAGUUCGGUUGGGUUUGUGCUAACCGACAAAGAGGUCUUAGACAACGGCAAUACUUCCGUGAGCCGACGACCUAUUGAAAGGAAGGAAACAGGGAAUAGCUCCAAAUAUAGUUUUAGCACGGAAUAUACUUCGGAAUUAGAGGAAGUUUACGAACAAUUCAAUCAUUGGUUAAACGAUCCCAUUUGCAAUAACACAACGGACGAGAACAAACAUAAAGAGUUGGAUCCGAGGGAUUUAGCUGUGAUAAGAUUCGCCGGUUCGCUGCUGAAGCGCACACUGAGCGAGUCUAUGGCUAGCGGCACUGCCGGCGCUAGUGGCGCGGAGGCAGCCGAGCUGUACGGACGUGACAGCCGCGACCGCGCCACGCCGCGCCGUCUCGCGCUCGCCGCACGCUCUCUCUCGCUCGAACUGGCGCGCCAUAGACACCGUCUCGCCGCACAUUUGAGACGUAAAGUAAAAGAGUCGAUACCGGAAGAGAUAUUAGAGAGUACGAGAGAGAGGCACAAUACCAACAAUAAUAGAGAGCCGAAUGAAGCCGCCUCACUCGACUCUUCCACAGACACACCUUCGACGCAGUUGUCCAACCCCAAUUUAAAAAAGAAAAAACUUAACUGGGUUGUCAACAUGAUAGUCGAGACGAUAGAAGAGACGGUUGAAUGUGAACCAGUCACUGUCAAUAUAAAGAAAUCUAAGCUAAACGAGCUGGCGCACAAGAUAGUGUCGGGCGGGUCGUGCCGGCCGGUGGCGACGGGCAACUGGGGCUGCGGCCGGCGGCAGCGCGGACACCCGCAGCUCAAGCUGCUGCUGCAGUGGCUGGCCGCGAGCGUCGCCGGCGUACCCGCCUUGAUCUAUUAUACCUUCGGAAAUGAGAAGCUCUUUAAGCUGGACACAUUGGUUCGAGUGCUGGUGGAUAGAAAAUGGACUGUUGGUCAGUUAACGCGGGCGGUGCUGAAGUUCGCGCGGCAAGUGCUACACGAGCCCCACGUCAUCCCCGACAACCAUUCCCUCUUCGACGAGUUGAUCGGCAUUGAAAAAAUACCAGAUGACUACUAGAUCUGUUAACUUCGAAAACUACAGCAACGUAGCGACGUGACAGCGAUAGUGGCGCCAAAAAGACGUCAUCUUAUAAAUAUUAUAUUGAUAGGACUACAUUACAAUAAAACAUAGUUGUAGGAAAGUUUUAAAGUUAGUUGAAACAUACAGUUUUCCAGCUUUAAAACGUUUCUACAAUGUGUGAAGUAAAAUUACAAAUAAAUUCGACUAUUCGUACUGAUUAUGAAUGCAUUUAUAAGUUCAGACACAGAUGUCUUCGUAUAUCUGAAUGCAUUACUCGUUACUUGUAUGGAAUGUGAUUUUGGCAGCUGUGUCUUAUUUACUCAAGACUAGUGCAAUUUUAAAUAGCAUUAAUAACAUAGUUACAUAAAAGCAAUAAUUCGAAUGCUUCGAAUAUUCGAAUACAGACUUAACGAAAAUAUUUUUGUACAAAAUUAUCAG